GCGAGAUCACGUGUAGCAAGCCAGAGAAAAUGGAAGGCUGUGCUAGCUAGCUAUCUAAGCGAAUCCACUCUUAACUGGAAAUGUAUCACUUGUAUAUAAGGUGCACAGAAAGACAAGUGAAAUGGCAGUUUGCACGUCCUGAAAACUUUUGGCUUUGGCAGGCUAUUGAUUAAAGAUUUCAGAGCCUUGUUACCUAUGGAUGUCAUUAUGGACCCAAUGGAAAAUGACAGCAUCACAGAUGAUAAUAAUUUAGAGGAACAGCAGGGCCAGUCAAAAGGGGCAGAUACGGGUGUCAGGCCGACCCUGUCACAGGUUAAAAAGUCCUGGGGCUUCAGACGGACAACCAUUGCUAGAAGGGAAUUCAUGGACGAAGUCGGUGAACUAAGCCACAGUCCUCCACUUGUACGGAGAGGCAGAGGUCGUCGAACCAACCAGACACCCCAGACCUCUACAGACACCCGUGCUACUCAAAAAGCUACUCGGCCAGCUCGGGCUGUUAUAGAUGACCUGGAGUGGUCUGCCCCAUCCUCACCUGUAUCAGAGGAGAGCAAGCCAGCCUCAGAAGCUUCCGCAGGAGCGAGCCUUGACCCCAGCUCAUGGCAGGAUUUUGGGUCUGCCUUUCACACCGCCUUCUCACUGCUUGGGGGGAAUGAGGACUUGUCACUGGAAAUGCCAGAUUCACUGGCAGCCCCAGACAUUUUGGAAGCUACUGAUGCCAUUGAGGACCAUCCUCCUCAGGCUACAGAUGAAUCUGAGGUGCCUGAUAAUAUGGAAUCUGCUGAUGACAUGGAGAUUUCGCUGCCUGUUGCUCCUGAUAAUGUGGCAGGAGAGGAAAUUGAUGAUGUAGUGUUGCUCUCCAGUCAAGAGGAGGACAGUGACGAAAUGACUCUGUUACAGAUUAAGGAGCAGCUGGCAUCUAAAAGCAGGCAGGGAGACACGAGGGCUAGAGGGGGGAAAGGUGGAAGAGGAAAGGCCAGAGGAAGGGGUAGAGGCAGGGGAAGAGGUAGGGGAAAAGGCAGAGGAAGGGGCAGAGGCAGGGGAAGGGCAGUGCAGCUUGAGUCAGUCAUGGCAGACGAUGAGGACAAUGAUGAAGAGGUGAUGCUCGUUAAUCCAGCUGAACAGCAGCUGCAGCAGUUGCACGAGGACCAAAAAGUAAAUGAUCCAAACAGCCCUGUUGAAAUAGACUCUGAUAUCACUCUGAGUCCUGCGCAACGAUCAAGCUCAGACUGCAUAAUCAUAGACACUGACUUAGACCAGAUACCUGAUGUAACUCCUGGCCAGUAUGAUGAUGCACCAGAGGAGGAGGAUAAGAAUGUAGGAGUGUAUUCAAGCAUAUUGGACACUGAAGGUUUUGACUCUAAUGCUCUGUACUGCAUCUGUCGACAAAAACACAAUAAAAGGUUCAUGAUCUGCUGUGACAGUUGUCAAGAGUGGUUCCAUGGCGACUGUGUCGGUAUCCGUGAGACACAGGGCCGCAAGAUGGAGAGGAAAGGACAAGAGUACAUAUGCCCCCCCUGCACUACGAAGAAGCAGAGCCAACUCCAAUCUGAAUCUCAUACUCAGCCAGAGCCUGAGCUUAGCUUAGCCGAAUGCUUGACACAAAACCCUACUGGUGAAGAAGGGGAGGGGCAUGAGGAGCAGCAAGCCCUCAAGGAGACUGUAGAGGUGGAGGAGGAGGAGAAGGCUCCUGCGACGAGGCCAGAGACUGAACCUGAAGUGGAGAUGGAGACGGAUGACUCUCAUCCCCUGUGCAUUGGACCUGGAUGCUCCAAACGAGCUUUACCGGACUCUGUUUACUGUGGUACUGACUGCAUCCUUCAGCAUGCUGCCGCCACUAUGAAGACACUCUCUGGCACUAAGGUGCCGAAGUCCAGAGGACGGGCGCAGAGAAAAGCUGCCACUGCCAAACCCACUGCAAAGGGUCAGAGGUCGGGUAGGACGUCUAAGAGGUUAGCAGGAAAAGCUGAGGAAGAAGUUGAAGAGGAGGAGAUGAAGGAAGAUGGUGGAAGGCAGAAGGAAGCUGCGUCUCCCUUAGCCUGCGACCCCACUCUCACAGGAGUUCAGGCCACUUCAAUACCAUCAUCUAAGUUUUACACAGCGUCUAAAGAGGACAGUAAACCAGUAGAAGCUGACAGUGACGCUGUAACUCCUCCAAAACAAUCUCCAGAGGGCCCCUCCACAGGUGCUGCUCCCUCUUCCCAGCCUAUUACUGAACCAGCUCCAUCACAGAGCCACUCUCAAGAAAAAGCAAAGGAGUCAAUCAACAGUAGUGUGUCAAAGCAAAAAUCUGCAGAAUCAAAACCCUCUACACCACUUACUUCAGCAAAGUCUACUCUGUCUCAAGUCACACAAUCUCCAACCACCUCAACCUCCAAACAUCAUGAAACAGGGGCCCUUAUGGUCACUAAGACCACAUACGUCAUACCAAAGAAGCAGUCCGGACCACAGCCACUGUCCAGCCAAGUGUCAGCCUCAGCAUCAUGCCAGAAGCCUCCAUCAGCCCCCACACUGCUGAACGAAACCCGAAAUCUUCCGGUGCCACCUGCACCCAGUGCUCCCUCCUCAAGACCCUCUCAGCCCAAUAACCAGGUCAGACAGAGCAUCCAGCGCUCCCUCACCAGCAUCCUGGUCAAAAGGGUAUGUGAUUGUGAGGAUUUGGAGAUGUCUGAGAGUGAAGUUGCAAAGCUUGUUGCAAGCAUUGAGGUGGAGAUGUUCGACAUAUUUCGCAACACAGACAGCAAAUACAUGAACAAGUACAGAACUAUAAUGUUCAACCUGAAAGACCCAAGAAACAAGGGCUUGUUGUAUCGGGUUGUACGUGGAGAGAUCAGUCCCUUCAGACUGGUCAGGAUGAGCCAGAAGGAUAUGCAGGCUACCAAGGCACCAGAGCCAAGUGCAAAAGAAAGACCAGAGGUUAAAGAUGCAGCUGCUAAAGCACCAAGUUUGCUGCAGAAGCAUGAAGCAGUGAAGGUUGAUUUGCCCAGUUUAAAUCCCCCUAGACCCAACAGAAGACCUGAUAGCACGGAACAGAAGGGAAGUCUUCCUACUCCUGCUGUCAAGACCAGAGCAUGCCAGCCAAGCAAGGGCAGUGUUGUACCGGAUAUUCUCGCCUGUAUGCUUAAGGACACAACAUCAGAACACAAAGCUCACCUCUUUGACCUGAAAUGCAAGAUAUGCACAGGCCAGAUACCUGGGGAAGAGGAGGAACCCACAAAGAAAAAACCAAAGGUUUCUGAACCUAGAGAUAAGCAUUAUCCCAUGUGGAGAAGGUCUGCAGGAGAUGACUCCCCUCUGCGAGCACCACCUGAUUCACCUGACAUGGAUUCUCCAACAUUUCCCCUAAUGGACCGUUCAUCCCCCCUUACCAUUGACUCUCCAGUUUUGACUAUAGUUGAAUCCCCUGCUUCACCCAUAAUGGAUUCUCCAGCCUCCCCUACUUUAGAGUCUCCUGCCUCCCCUGUCAUGGAGUCUCCUGCAUCUCCAACUCCAGACCCUCCUAAAGCUCCAGCAACAAAGAGAGCAUAUACACCAGUUGUGAUUCCAGCUGUCUCCACAGUAACCAUCACAAGGCGUGACCCCCGUACUGCGGCAGGCAGGAUCUCUGCUUCGUCCAGUGGAACCUCUGGUCCCAGUAAUACAAUCCAUAACCAAUCAGCUCCUUAUGCCCCUCUUAAAGAGACGAGCUCUGCCUCACCGUCAGCACCAGCCUCUUCACUGCGACCAACAAAAACAGUACCUAAAUCUAUCUUAAUGAAGCCAUCGUCCUCAACAGAUCCCAGACUCUAUGGCUCAUCUUCAAGAACCGUGAUCUCUGAAUCCCCAGCUGAUGGUGAGACAGCUCAGUUCCUGGCGAAGCAAGACAUUGUAUGGAAAGGCUUCCUUAACAUGCUCACUGUAGCCAAGUUUGUCACCAAGGGAUAUCUGGUUUCAGGAUCUGCUGAAACUCUAAAAGCGGAUCUACCUGAUACCAUACAAAUCGGAGGACGAAUCAUGCCUCAAACAGUGUGGGACUAUGUUGCAAAACUAAAGACCUCUAUUACAAAGGAGUUAUGUGUGAUCCGGUUUCACCCUGCAACAGAAGAAGAAGAGGUGGCCUAUGUCUCCCUGUUUUCCUACUUCAGCAGCAGAGGUCGUUUUGGUGUGGUCGCCAAUAACAGCCGUUCCAUCAAGGACAUAUAUCUUGUCCCGCUCAGUGCAAAGGAAUUAAUCCCAUCCAUUCUACAACCUCUUGAAGGACCAGGGCUUGAAAAGGACCGGCCUAAUCUUCUUCUGGGUCUGGCAAUCAUCCAGAAACCAAAACGUCCUGGAAGCUUGCCUCAGGAAAUUGAAGAGAAGAGACCCAAAGUUCAUAUGUCCAAAGACCCCAUGUGGAUCCCAAAACCUCCAGUCCUCUAUGGUUCUGACAAAUUAGAGAUAUUCCAACCCUAUGAUCCAGAGACUCCUGCUAGCACCACCCCUCCUGGUUCACCUUCCUGCCCUGGGUCACCAUCAGACUCCUCCUCUUCUGGCUCAGUCACCAUACCAUCUCUUUUGACUUCCAUAAGAGCAACCCCCCCUGUUUCUAACUCAGCCACUGCUGCUAACACUCAGUCCACCUCUAAUAGCAGUUCCAACAAGAAUCCGCUACAGACUAUCUUGAAGACUUUGUUUGGCAAUAAGCAAACUGACUCCAUGGUCUCUUCUGAUGGAAGUUCUACAACAACAACAACAACAACAACAACAACAACAACAGCAACAACAGUAAGUGCUAAGAUGCUCCCAGUAUUUUCCCAGGCAUCUGGAUCAAUGGUGGAUCCAAUUGUUCAACAGUAUGGACAUAAAUCCAAAGUCAAAGAGAUAGAAGAAGAGGAAAAUGACUUUGACCGACCAUACGACCCAGAAGAGGAAUAUGAUCCAGCAAUGGGAUAUGGAGUGGUUUCUCCACAGAGCAUAGAAAAAGUGAAGGCAGGUGGCCCUGCAUUAUCAGGUUUUGUAGACGAUGAUGUGGCCUAUGAUCCAGAAGACGAGACUAUCUUUGAAGAUAUUCAAAGUGAUGUUGUAACAAAGCCCCCUGUUCAAACUCAAAUGUCUGAUUCUCCAUCAUGCCCAACGCCAGUUUCCACCCAAGUUGUAACACCAGCUCCCACUUCCACCCCAGCCCAAACUUCUAACCUUGCUGAAGUUCCACAGAACCUUCCUACAGGCACUGUGGUCGUCUCAGCUGCAACACUGACUGAACAACAGAGAAUGCUUGAGGAGCUUAAUAAGCAGAUUGAAGAGCAAAAACGGCAAUUAAAGGAGCAGGAAGAGGCACUUCGUCAACAGAGAGAGGCUGUGGGUAUGUUCAUGGCUCACUUCUCAGUUUCUGAUUCUCUGAUGUCCCCCCCACAAAAAUCUCUGCCUCUCAGUCAACUGCCAUCUCAGCAGAGUGGCAUAAUGCAAACAGAGUCAGGGCCUUUGGAAUCAACAGACAAGGCCAACAACCUUUCAGAGACUAUGAACAGUCCAAAUGUAGAUGCACAAACUGUUAAUCCAGAAGACACAAAUGCCAUUCCUGAUCUUAAAAAUGAUGCAGAUGCUGUUACAGAACAAGAUGAAACACAGGAAAAUGACAAGUAUUCCUCUGCUGGAGAGAUUGAAGAUUCUGAUGUAGCUUAUGAUCCAGAGGAUGAAUCACUUUUUAAUGAAAUUCAAGAGGAUGUAUUUCAAGGAAGUAGUACAAAGACUCGGGAUUCAUCUUUGUCUAGAGCAGGGCACAAGGGUACUCCUCUAAAUUCAUACCACAGCAGAAAGCGAAGGCCAUCACCAAAGAAGCGGAGUCAUCGUGAAAGGGGCCGCCAUAGAAGUCCCUCAAGAAAAUCACAGAGGCGUUCUCCUUCACAUUCCCGGAGACGUAGAGAAAGGGAUAGACACAGAAGAAGUGAAAGGGAGAGGUCAAGGCAUAGAGCUAGAGACCAGUCUGAACGCCAGGCUCGUCAUCGUAAAGAGCACACUACACACCGUCGUUCUCAUGGGCGUAGAAGAUCCCCAUCAUCCCCCAGACAAAAAGAUUCUAUGUCCCUUUCACCAAAUCAACAUAAAGGACCUUCCCCUCAUAUCUUUGAGAAACCAAAACAUAUAAGUGGCCAGCUUAAUACUCCAUUAGACCCUGUUGUUGGACAAUGUGUAGAGAGUAACACAUCAUCAUAUACUCCAGUUACUAUAAAAAAUGACCCUGAUGGACAUCAGUUAAAGUGUAAUAUUUUUGAGAUUACAACGCCACAACAAAAGAGCCUUGAGAAAGACUUUUCACAUGAACUUCUUCACAAAGUGAAACUUGAGAUUUCAGAACCAUCAAAAUCCAAAGAGCUUCAAAAACAUUCAGCCAGUGACCAUGAUGACACAGGUAGUGGUUCACAAGAAGUGGAUAAACCCACUCAACAGGAAACUUUGCUUAGUAGCAAAAUUGAAAGUACAGUUCCUCUAAGAGAAAUUGAUCCUCCAAUUCGAGAUUCUCCUGAGAGCCCUGAUCCAGACCCACAGUUUGUGGAACCUGGCAACAUAGAAAGGAGUGAAUCAGUUAAGACUGAGGAAAUCAGAGAUCCUGAGACACAUAUCAGUGGCUUGAUGCCACUUGUGAAAAUUGAAAACAAUUGUCUACCAAUUGGCGGUCAAGCAACACUGCCUAAAAUACCAUGGCUUACUCUCGAAGGCACAAUGUCAAAUGUUUUGAAAUUGGAUUUUAAAGCCCUAGAUCUACAAGGCCCAGGUGUCAGAAAUCAAGAUAUGAUUGUGGCAGACAAACAGAUAGAAGGGGAAUGUACAGGCCUAAAGCAUCCAGAAAUAAUUUGUCAAGGUGGGGCACAUUCAAAUCCAGCUACAGGAGCAGGUAUUCAGGGUUCAGAUAUCAGAAAUCCAGGACCAGAUAUUAAUGGCCCUGGACAUAGGGGCUCACAGAAAGAUUUAAGAGAAACAGGAGUUAGAUUUCCAGGGCUUGAUGUGAGAAGUCCAGAAAUGCCAAGCAUAAGUCCCAAUAUUUGGGGUCUUGAACCACACAUACAAGACCUAGCUGUAAACAGUCAGAGGAAACAUGGGAGGGACCCAGGGACAGAGAUGCAGGAUUCAGAGCCAAAUAUGAAAGAUCCAGCUAUUCACUGCCCUUCGACAGAUAGACCUGUGCCUGACACAAGGGGCUCGGAAUCGAGGGACCCUUUAUCAGCCAUGUAUCAUCCAAGCCUGGGUACAAGGGAACCGAUUAUAACAGAUGAGAGGAGAAGCCAAGAUGGUAGUGUUCUACAGAAAGGUUUACUGGGUCUAAAGACAGAGGAGCAGAGAAUGCCAGAAAACCCAGAUGGCAGGCCAGGUGUUAUGGGUAUAGAGGCUCCAGAUUUUAUAGGAAGAGAUAGACACCCAAAAGAUAUAGGUGAAAGUCCACAUACUGGCGCUAUGAGAUCUGCUAUGAGGACUGUAAGUGUAAGAGCUCCAAGUCCAGAUAUAAGGAGUGCAGGUCCAUCUUUUAGAGGCUCUGGAAUAGUUCAAAGGCACACUAGGCAUGAUGGCAGUCCAGUUUUAGAAGAAAGGGGCCCUCGGAAGAGGGGUUUUCAGCCAUAUGGAAGAGAUGCAGACUUGAGCAGGAGGUGUGGCAGUCGAGAAAGGAGUUUAGAUUCAAAUGCAUCUACAGGUUCAGAGGGCAGAGUUUUGAGAGCAUCCCCAUCAAGGACACAUGAAAGGCAUGGCCCACAAAGAGAGCGAGAUGUACCCAUGAGAGGACCAGGGCCAAAUAUGAAUUAUGAAAGUGCUGGGUCUUGCUUUGGACAAGACAGUAGUGGGCCUAGAGAAGAUUUCAAGGAGCCAUGGUCUGAUCAUAGGGUUGAAAGGAGUGUACAUGGCCCUGACAUGAGAGAAUCAGAAACCAUGCAUGAAUUAAGAAGUCCACAUAUAAGAGGAAUAAGUUAUAUGGGGUCUGGUCAAGAUAUGGGUAGUAUGGGUGGCUCAGAUACAAGAGGUGAUAGAAGUGAGUCACAUACCAUGAGUUCAGGUAGAGACAUCAGAGAAUCAGGUCCAAAUAAGAGAGAUGAAGGCAUGCAGGGAAGAAAUAUACAGGGUCCAUGGCUAGAGAGGAGAAAUGAACAAAUGGGUCAAGAAGACAGAGGUCUCGUUCCAAACAUUAUAAAUCCAAAUUGGAGAGAUUCAAGACCAGGUGGUGUAUGUCCUGAUAUAAGGGAUCAGGGUAAUCAAAAUAGAGACCAGGGUCCACAUAUGAUGGAUCCAAAUUGGAGUGGCCCAAGAUCAGAUGUAAGAGAUGAUUGGAGAGGGCCUGAUAGGAGAGGAUCAGGGCCUGUUAGAGGAGGGUCAUUUAUACAAGAUGAAUGGAGAGUCCAUCCACCUGAUAGGAAAGGACCAAACAUGGAGAGCCAGGGGCCUGACAGAAGAGGCGCUGGAGGCCCGGACUUUAGAGAAUCAGGGCCUGAAAUGAGAAGUCCAAACAUGGAGGGCCUGAGGCAAGACAGGAGAGGAACAGGUGGUCCAGGUUUCAUGGGACCAGGGCCUGAAAGGAGAGGCCCUGAAACGGAGGUCCCAGUGCAUGAGAGGAGAGGACCAGGGGGUCAGGAUUUCAUUGGAUCAGGACCUGAAAGGAGAGCUCCUCAUAUGGAGGGUCCUGGGCCUGACAGGAGACGACCUGUAGGUCCAGAUAACAGUGGACCAGGAUCUGAAAGGAGAGGUCCAGUUAUGGAUGGUCAAGGAUCUGGCAUGAGAGGACCAGGGGGCCCAGACUUUGUGGGACCAGGACUUGAAAGGAGAGCUCCACCUAUGGAGGUUCUUGGGCCUGACAAGAGAGGCCAUGGAGGUCCACAUUUCAGAGGACCAGGACCUGAAGGGAAAAAUCCACCUAUGGAGGGUCCAAGACCUGACAUGAGAGGACCGGCAGGUCCAGAUUUUAGGGGACCAUGGCCUGAAAGGCAGGGUCCUGAUAUGGUUGGUCCAGGGCUUGGCAGGAGAGGACCAGGAGGUCCAGAUGUCUGGGGGCCAGGACCUGAUAGGAGAGGACCUGGAGGUCCAGAUUUCUGUGGACCGGGGCCUGAAAGGAGAAAUUUCUCUAUGGAGGUUCCUGGGCCUGACAGGAGAGGACCUGGAGGUCCAGAUUUCAGAGGACCAGGAACUGAAAAUAGAGGUCCAGCUAUGGAGGGUCCAGGACCUGACAGAAGAGGACGAGGAGGUCCAGAUUUCAGUGGGCCAGGGCCUGAAAGGAAAGGUCCAGCUAUGAGAGGUCCAGGUCCUGACAGGAGAGGACCAGGAGGUCCAGAUUUCCAGGGACCAGGGCCUGAAAGGAGAGGUUCCUCUAUGGACCGUCAAGGGCCUAACAGGAGAGGACCAGGAGGUCCAGAUUUCCAGGGACCAGGGCCUGAAAGGAGAGGUUCCUCUAUGGACCGUCAAGGGCCUGAUAGGAGAGAAUCAGGAGGUCCAGAUUUAAGAGGGCCUGGGUAUGAAAGGAGAGGUCCCAGUGUUGAGGGUCAAGGGCCUCCCGGGAUGGGACCAGGACACCAAAACACUGGUGGACUGGGUCCUGACAGGAGAGGACCAUAUAUGACGGGUCCUGGGCCUGACUUCAUGGGACUUGGGCCUGAAAGAACUGGUCUAGGUAUGGAAGGUCCAGGGCCUCACGGUAGAGAACAGGGAGGUCCACACUUAAGGGGUCCUGGGCCAGAAAGUGGACAUAUAAAUAUGGAGGGCCCUGGGCCAGAUGGGAGGGGUCCAGGAAUCAUGGGACCAAGGCCUGAAAGACCAGGUUCUGGUGUUGAAGGUCUAGGGCCUGAUAGGAUAGGACAGCAAGGACCAGAGUUCAUGGAACCAGGGCUUGAUGGAACAAGACCAUGUAUGGAGGGUCCAGGUUCCAGGAGAGGGCUAAGAGGUCCAAACAUGAAGAGACCGGGGCUUCAACAUUCAGGUCUAAACAUUGAGGGCCCAGGGUCUGACAGGAGAGGUCCAGAAGGUCCAGAUUUUAGGGGACCUGGUCCAGAAAGAAGACCUCCAGAUAUGGAGGGAACAGGUCACAGCAGGAGCUUUCCAGGAGGCCCACAGUUCACUGGUCAUAAGCCUGAAAGAAGACCUCCAGAUAUGGGGGGCCCAGAGUCUGAUAGGAGAGGUCCACACUUGAGAGGGAUGGGGCCUGAAAGAACUGUUAUGGAGGGUCCAGGCCCCAAUAGGAAAGGUCCAGGAGAUCUAGAUAUUAGAGGAUCAAGUUGUGAAAGCAGAGGUCAAGACAUUGAGGGCUCAGGCCCUGACAGACAAGAACCAGGAGGCUCAGGCUUCAGAAAUACAGGGUUUGAAAGGAGAGGUCCAGACAUGGAGGGCCCAGCGCCUGACUGGAGAAGAUUAGGUGGUCCAGACUUAAGAGGCCUAGGCAUCAGACAGAAACAUUCAAAUACAGAAAAUCUAAAACAUGGUAGAAGAGAUGACUGGAGAGGGGCUGACUUUGGAGAGUCAGAACCUAACCAAGAAAGCCCAGAUAUAGAAGGCCCAGGGCCUGAUAGAACAGGUCGAAAUUUGAGGGGUCCAAGGCCUAUAAGGAGAAAUAUUACAGGACCAGGGCCAGAUAGGAGAGGCACAGACUUGGAGGAACAGUGGUUAGAUGGAAGAGGGCCCUAUAUGGAGCCCAGAGGAAAUGAAAGAGAGUGUUCAGGAGAUGAAUGGAAACGACAUGGCAACAGAGAUCCAAGGCCUAUCCAAGAAGGGCUAGAUGAGCAAGGCCAAGAACAUGGGAGGGAAGGUCCUUACAAUGAAUGGAGAGGCCCAGGGUGUAGUGGGCCUGGUCCCAUACAGGAAAGACCAAAUAUGCAAUUUCCAGGGCAUAGGAGAGGUCCAAGACAUGAUUGGAGUGGUCCUGGUUGUAGUGGCCCAAGGUCUUUCCAGGAUGAUCCAGAUAUAAUGUGUCCAGGGCCUGGUAGAGGAGGACCUGGAAAUGAAUGGAGAGAUCCUGAUAGAGGGCAAGCUGGACCAAACAGAAAUGGACCUGGACCAUUUUUCAGAAGGGAAAGAGAUCUAGACAAUAGAGGACAAGGCCAUGAUAUAAGAGGUCCAGGCAUGAGAGAACCAGGGUCAGAUAUGAGAGGGGGUCCAGAUAUGAGGAAUGACUGGAGGCAGCCAGACUUCAGGGGGAAUAUGAGAGGUCCAAACAUGGAAGGACCUGGGCCUCAAAGAGAAGGUCCAGAUUUGAUGAAUUCAUGCCAAAAUAGGAGAGUAUGUGAGAUGGAAGGUCUUGAUAGAAGAGGCCCAGGAAAUCCAGAUUUAAGGCAGCCAGGGCUUGAAAACAGAAAUUCAAACAUCGAAGGUCCAGGGACUGAUGGUAGAUGUUCAGAUCUUCGAGUGCUAGGAUCUGAAAGGCAAGGUGUGAAUACAGAAAGCCGUGGACCAGGUAGACAAGGAUUUGAACAUGAUUUUAGGAGGGAAAGGAGAGGUCCGGACAUGAGAGGGCUUGGGCCUGAUCAAACAGACAUGAAUGGGCCAGCCCCUGAAAGUUUAGAUAUAAGACAUGGGUCUGGGAGGUGGGGUAUAAACACUGGGGGGCCUGGGUCUGAUAGAACAGGUCCAGACUUGAUGGGCCCAGGGUUAGACUCAAGGGGAUCUGAGCCAUCCAUGAAGGAUGGAAUGCAAGGGUCAGAUAUAAGAAGCCCGGGGUAUGAUUGCAGUGGGUCAGACAUGCGGGGUAGGAGAUCAAGGCAGAUGGGUCAAAGAAGAGGCCCGGAGUUGAGAUGUUCAGAUAUGUCUGCACCACCUUAUUUCAAAAGAGAGGGUCAUCAGGUUACCCAAUUCCAAGGCCCUAAUGAUCCACAUCCUGCACCAUUCAAUAGGCCCCCAGGUCCAGCUCCAAACAGUGGAGGAAAAUCAUGCCCCAGUUUUGACAACCCACAAAAUCAGCAAGCAGUAAAACCUCAGAGACAUAGAGCUGCCUUACUUCCCACUCCAACAGAAGGUCUUAUACGCUUUCCAAAUCGCAGGAUCAACAGUCCUGAUGUCUUCAGCCCAAAACAAAAACAUAUAGGCCACCCAACAGACAGGGAGUGGAAUAGAGGUAGACCAGUGAGUCGAGAAAGAGAAUUGGUCAAAGGGCAAAGACAGGAGCAGGAGAAAAGUCCUGCUGGUAAGAUUUGCACACCUGUAGGGACAAGCACAAGGGGUGGAGAAGAAGAAAAGGAAGAGGGUAAUCAAACUGAUAAUACAUGUUGAGCCAAGUUAGACACAGGCUAAAAAUCAAGACAUAGUCCCUUCAGGACAGUAAGGCUGAUUAACCAGACCUGCAAAAACACAGAAUAACACAGUGAAUGUAUUUUGCUCAAGGAGAAUGUUUGUCCAUGUCUUAUUGAAAUUGUAACAUGACCUACAGGCAAAGCCAUGCGAAAGAUCAGAUAUCAUAGCUUGAUUUGGACAUGCUCAGAGAUAUUUCAGUUUAUUAUGUUCUAGUUUGUCUAUUUCAAAGUAGAUGUGUUUAUUUUUGUUUGAUAAUGACUAAAUGCCUCUUAAACUUAAUUGAUCACUUGUAAAUUCAAGUUGUGUAUCUCUUGUUGGAAACAGUCAGAAAUGUUUUGUGUACAUUUUUUUGUUUAUGUUUUUCUUUUUUUUUCUUUUUUUUAACAUAGCCAUAGUGUCAGUAAAGUAGCCUUGAUCUGACUUAAAUGUUCUACUGCUGAUAAAAUAAUGGCUGUUCUUGUUCUUUAAGAAUGCAGGAAGUCAAUAAAAAUGACAUACCUUUUUUAAA